AUGAUUUUUCAUAUUAUUUUUCUUCUACGGCGGACACUGCGCGCAGAGGGGAAGUUACGUCGAUUACCCAGCGUACCUAGCGCCAAUUUCGGAAGACGUCUGUUUGGUGCGAACAGUGGAACGAUCAACAAAAAUGAAACGAGGAACAAAUUAUCUCGUCAGAGACAGACGACGACAACGACAACGAGGCCGACGACGACGACGACGAUGAUGACGACAACGACAACGAUGACGACGACGACAGCGGCUGCGGUCAGUGGCGGCUGCUGUUUCUGCUUUUGCCAUAGCGAAGUUAAGCGACGAUAGGACCCUCUCUUUCUCGUUGGUUGAGUGAGUGCCGGAGGAAAUGGAGGAGAGUGGAACGAAGGUGUGAACGUAAGGUGCGUGCAAGUGACGAGAGAAUGUAAAGGCAAAGGCAAAGGCAAACGCGAAGGUGAAGGCGAAGGCAAAAGCAAAGGCGAGAGAUUCUCGAAGAGGAAAUUACACGCGAGAGAAAGAUGCUAUAUACAUCUACCUAUGUAGCUUUAACGGCAAGGAUAUGGAGGACAACCGCAACGAAGCGACGGCUAAUUAAUGGCUCUAUGCACUUCAUCCCUCACGUACUGGUGAUUAUCGGGCCCUUCACCGUGCCAGAGUCCUAAUUCAAGGUCGACCACCAUCCGGUGAACACACCGAUGACACGACGUCUUCUUCCUUCUUGCUACUUAAAAGCAGUAGCUGUAGCAGCGGCGGCAGCAACAAUAGCAGCAGCAGCGUCAUCAGCAACAGCGUCAUCAGCAGCAGCAGCAACAGCAGCAGCGGCAGCCGCAGAGGCGGCCGCAGCGGACGACAAGAUGCCAGAGAAAGAGGUGGCUUAUCAUCAGGAAGCAUUUUCGUUGCUACCACCCCCACCGCCACCGCAUCAUCCCCAUUCGGCUUUUCACGCUGCUUUUCAUCCGCAUCCGCAUCCGCCACCUUUACCACCGUUUCUUCCGCAUCACGGACCACCCCCGCCUGCUCCGCAUCCUGCCGCAGCCGCCGCCGCAGCAUGGGAACAUCAUGCGGCCGCUGCGGCCGCAGCCGCCGCAGCUGCGGCUUUCCACGCACCACCACCUCAUCCAUUGUCCGGUAGCACAACGGCGAUCAGCAGUAGUGGUAACGGAGGUAGUGGGAACGGCAGUGGUGGUGGAGGAGCAGGAGCAGGAGCAGGAGGAGGAGGAGGAGGAGGUGGUGGUAGUGGUGGUGGUGGAGGUGGUGGAGGAGGAAGUGGAGGUGGCAGUGGUGGAGGAAACGGAGGUGCUGGGGGAGGAGGUGGAGGCGGUGGUGGCGGAGGAGACGGUGGAGGCGGUGGGGCCACGAGUGGUGGCGGAAACGUUGGAGGGGGCGGGACCGCAGGGAACGGGAUUUCCAGCGGCGAUUUCCUCCGUAGAAGUCACCCCCUCUCGGAGCAUACGGCCCUGCAUCCCACCUACCGGCUCAACUACAUGGACCACCUUUAUCAUCAGCUUCAGGCCUCCACGCACAGUCCAAGCGCCUCGUUACACGGACUGGGUGGUUUGGGGCCAGAGUAUAUACUCCACGCAACAGGACCAUCGAGUACAUUAGCAUCGUCAGAGUUUCCCUUUUCCAUCGACGUUUCAGCGUCGUCGAGAUUAGGAAGUCCAAGAGCAUCGGCGAUUAGAGCUAGCCGUAAACGGGCACUAAGCAGUUCACCAUACUCCGAUCGCUUCGACAUCGACAGCAUGAUUAGAUUCAGUCCAAAUAGUUUAGCGUCCAUCGUUAAUGGUUCAAGAAGUAGUAGUGCAAGUGGCAGUUAUGGUCACUUAUCGGCUGCUAUGAGCCCAGCUUUAGGUAUGCACCCUGGCAUGGCGCCUCAUUUGCAGCAGCUUCAGGCACACCUUUUGAGAAGCGCCGCCGCGGCGGCUCUUUUGCCUCACGCGCAUCCUUUGCAACCGCCUGCACCACCGCCAUUGCCUCCACACCCUCAUUCUCACCCUCAUGCGCACGGUCUGUCACCUCACUCGCAACUUUAUCCUUGUGUUCCACCUCAUUCUACGGCAUCGACGACCCUUGCUCCUCAUGGAGGAUUGCCGCCAAAGAGUGAGAAUGCAGAAUCCUGUAGAAAAGCAUCAGAGACAUCUUCAAGAUCGGUCACGGCGGAAGCAGACACAUCUUCGAGAAGAACGUCUACCAAGGUAAAAAGAGAACCAGCAACAACGACCACCAAUACAACGACCACUGCUCCACCAACUCAUCCUCAAGGACUAAGUCCUAGCGAGGAUCUUCGAGAUGAACCCGGUGACUUUAUCGAAACGAAUUGUCAUUGGAGAGAUUGCGGUCUUGAAUUCCCAACUCAGGAUGAUCUUGUGAAGCAUAUCAACAAUGAUCACAUACAUGCUAAUAAAAAGAGCUUUGUUUGUGGUUGGGAAGAAUGUUCAAGAGAGGAAAAGCCUUUUAAGGCACAAUAUAUGUUGGUAGUACAUAUGAGAAGGCACACUGGUGAAAAACCUCAUAAAUGUACGUUCGAGGGUUGUUUCAAGGCAUACUCAAGACUGGAAAACUUAAAGACUCAUUUGAGAUCUCACACGGGUGAGAAACCAUAUACCUGCGAAUAUCCAGGUUGUAGCAAAGCAUUUAGCAAUGCUAGCGACCGAGCGAAACAUCAGAAUAGGACACACUCGAACGAGAAACCGUAUGUUUGUAAAGCACCUGGCUGCACAAAAAGGUACACGGAUCCUUCGUCUUUGAGGAAACACGUGAAGACAGUCCACGGUGCGGAAUUUUAUGCCAAUAAAAAACAUAAAGGUGGUGGCGGAGAUGGUGGUGGAAGCGACGAAGCAGGUGCAGGAGGACAUAGUCCUAGCAGAAGCGAAGACUUGCAUCCCAAGACACCGAGUUUAUCGAGUCCUAGCGUAAAAUCUGAGAGCGAGGCCAAUAGUCCACCUGGUAUGAUGCAACAACAAGGAAGUCCUCUUAUUGGGGGUUGCAACGACGAAGUGACCGGUGUUGGUACUCUUACUAACGACGGAGCUAAUCUGUCUGAAGAACCAUGGACCGAAGAACCUGAUGAUUUAGACAUAGCUGAUCUUCCAAUAGCUCUUCGUGCUAUGGUUGGUGGAAUAGAAUCUCAGCAACAGCAACAGGUAGCAACAGCUACUUCGAGGAAUCGUAUGAAGGGAAGAUUGAAUGCUAAGGGUGUACCGACGCUUCCGGUUAGCGUGUCCGGUAUGAGAGGCGUUCGUGGCAUGGGCACUCAAAGUAAUAUCGGUGAUUUGAACAGAAGGAUCACAGAUUUAAAAAUGGAAGGUGGUGUUCCAGCACGUCAAACCAGCUUAUCGGAUUUGCAGCUUAGAUUGCAACCUUUGAGCGAGCCAAGGAGAGACAGCAACAGUACUGUUAGUACGUAUUAUGGCAGUAUGAGAUCAACUGAUUUUGGUAGUAGAAGAAGUAGUCAGGCUAGUGGCAUUAGUGCUGUAAGAACUGGAGCUACUGGACCAGGAAGUUUCUACGAUCCUAUUAGUCCUGGUACUUCUAGAAGAAGUAGUCAAAUGAGCACCACGUCUGGUAGAAUUAAUCCUCCGAGUCAUAUACAAGGACCAUAUUCUACCAGUAAUCUGGUUGUACAAACACGGAAUAUGUCAUUGCAGGGUAUCCAAGGUAAACCAAACGAUUGGAACAAUCCCAGUGAACAUUGUACACAACCUUCCGGCGAUCGACGAAUGUCUGAACCUGCAAGAGGUCAUCAGGCACAUAGAACGUCUCCGCCUAUGCCUCCGAGACCAAGGUCAGCACAAUUGCCAGAACUUCAUCCAAAUCAAGAAGUUAUUUUAGAUGAAGUUGGGGAAGGUGAAAUGGUGGAAAAUAAACUUGUCAUUCCAGACGAAAUGAUGCAAUAUCUGAAUCAAGUACAAGCAGGUGGUAAUCAAAGCAAUUAUAGAAGCAGUCCUCUGCCUAUUUGUCAAUCACCGAUAUGUACAAAUCCUUUGCAUUAUCAACGACAGAUGCAACCUCCGUGUAAUUACAAUCAAACGCAUCAACAGAAUUGUUAUUCAGCUCAGCAAUCUUCGCAGCAACCUUGUCUCAAUUAUCAAAAUACUUCUCCCGUUCCGUAUACUCAAUGUCCAAGUUCCCGGUCUACCCAUCCCUCUUCUCAAUACUGUCCACCACCUCCCAACUAUGCGUCUCAACCUGUUCCAGCACAAAUGGCAAGUCCUGCGAGUGGUCAAGUAAUGUCACCAGGGUCUCACUAUGCUCCUAGUCAUAUCAGUGAUCAACCAUUGACUUCUCCAGCAGCUGGCGCCUUGGCACCCCAACAUACUUCUCAAAAUAUGUUACAAAAUUCUGCUCAACUUACGAGAAACUGUUCUCAAAAUCACAUGUAUCAUAACUAUUAUCCUAAUCAUGGCUGUCAAGUACAGUUGAAUUCCAAUUGCAAUCGCAACGCGGGCAAUCAAACGAAUCAUCAUUCCAGUCAAACGUGUGUAUCGACCAACCAUACGUCGAUGGGCCAACAACCUUGUACGCAAAUGCGUUCGAAUGUUAAUUGUCAGCAAUCGAUUCCACACUGCACCCAACAACCCAUUCUAUCUGGUCAAUCUACGAUAAAUCAUCCUAAUUCACAAUGUAAUCAAACAACAAAUCAAUGUUCAAGGCCGGUGGUAACACCGAAUGGUCAAAUGACGAGUUUGCAUCAAGAUCAACAAACUGGGAAUACUAAUCAGUGUACACUGAUGUCACCACAUUGCUCGCAAAUGAAUGUUACGAAUCAAACCAAGGUCAUUAAUAACAUGAGUGGAUUACAGGAAUGUCAGCAACAAGCACAAACAGCUAACUCCUGCAUUCAAAUGCAAACCUGUAUUCAUCCGAACGGUGCUCAUCAUCAAAAUAUUACAAACGAUACGUCAAUACCUAAGAGAACAUCCCCGCAAUUGUGUAACGCGUUACAAAGUAAUGGUAGGAUGCAACAACAAAUUUGUGGUCAUGGUUGUCAGACGCGAACUAAUCCACCGAGUACUCAUCAAUAUAAUUGUAAUUGUCAAUGGGGCUAUGGAGAACAAUGUUAUCAGGAACAGGCCGGCACGAAUUUGUUAGAAAUUCAGUGCAAAGAUAUAAGCCAAUCGCAACAAGGUUCCCCAGUUAAACCACCACAAGGUAUGAGACAAGAUUCUUACAGGAGAACAUUAGAAUAUGUGCAACAAUGCAGAAAUUGGUCUGGCAAUAUGCACGAUACUAAUGUAUCAAGUUCUACUCACCCUAUAUCUUUGCCACAACCAUUACCAGCUAGCGCCAAUAUGGUUGUUAACGAUAUGACGUCAUCCUUAAGCUCUUUACUCGAAGAGAAUAGGUAUUUGCAAAUGAUUCAAUGAAUUAAUUUGCAUCGGAAAGUAUUUAUAAUAUGAUAAAUUUUACGAUAUCGCGCAUAUUACUGCCUUUCAAUCGAUAGACUUUAUCACGUAUUUAAGUGCCUUUCAUGAGUGCUGUUUGAUACAUUACAUGUGCCUUAGUAGUUCAUUAUACCUUUUCUAUAAUAUUCUUCAGAAUAUUAAAUUUUAAAUAGCUAUUUUAUAAAGAUAGCUUUAUAUAUCAUUUAAUUCAGAGAAAAAUGAAGAGAGAAUUGUAUUUUUACAAAGAAUAUGUCUUAUAAUAUACUAGCCAAGAAAUAUUUUUCUUUACUUAACGAAAUAGCUAUGUGCUUUCUAUAGAUUGAUUCUUUUGUACUAUUUACACACACGCACACAAUCACAUACACGUACGCAUGCACACUCACAUACACGUGUAGGUAUUUACUAUAGUAAAUCCAUUUGACUGCGCUAUGUACUUUAAGCCAUACCAUGAUCUUUGUAGAUAUAAUUUUAUGAUACACAUUUCAUACAAGUACUGAUUAUUGAAAGUGUGCCAAUUAUACUUCGUUUUUCUAAUCAUAAUUUUACCCGUUUAGUUUUUUGACGAAUAGUGCAAAAUGUGCACUGUGAUACAAAGAAUUUAAGUUAAUCCCUGGCGCCUGGACGACAAAAAUAAUAAUAUUUCUUUUUUUUUUUUUACCGAAAAAUUUUGAAGUCUCAUUACUGUAAAUCAUUUUUAAUUACAUAGAAUAUUUAACGUUUUGUAAAUCUGUCAAUUACAUGUUCUAAAGUGAAAGUUUUACUAUGCAGUUUCUCUAAUAUCGAUAACUAUUCAAACUGCUAAGUAUAAACGUAAUGACUUAAUCAAAACUGAUUUUGUAAAAAAGGGCCAACCUUAGACUAAAACAAAUGUAGAUAAAAAGUAGUGGAAAUAGUUAUAAGUGUAAACAAUGCGAGAAAAAAUACAUUUUCAGUAUGAUAGUAUGAAAGUAUGGGUGAUAACAUAGGUUGAUUGUUUUUUCAUAAAGAUCUUUGUGUAAAGAAAUUUAAGGAUAAUUAUUAUCAUCGAAAUUAAAUCAUUCGGUUUGACCGAUUGAGAUAAGAUUGAGUGCCUUUAAAAAUUAUUAAGAGGGUCGUUAAAUAAAAACGCUUUGAGAACUUAGUAACAUAGCGUAUCUAAAACGUGUUUUUGUUAUGCGAACAUUUUUUUUUUUUUUUUUUUUAUGAAUUUUAUUAAUCCAUUAUAUAAGACUAUGAAGAGAGUUUUGUGAAUACUAUACAUACUUAUCAUAUACAUAUAUAAUAAAAUUCAUAUGAUAAAACAAAAGGACAAAAGGUUUUACAGCCCAACAAUUGUUAAUUAUUUGACGA